AUGGAAGGUUAAAACGCUCACAUCUCAGAGCAAAAUGAAAGUCUCGAAGAUCAAAACUACUACAAGCAGAUGCCAGGCUAGGGGUUCGAAGGUCAAGUCUAGGAUAACGGUUUAGGCCAGUUUGAGGAAGAAGAGGAAAAAAUACAGCAAAAAAAAACUGAGAGAAAAUGGUUCUGGGCAUUCCCAUAGAUUGAAGGAGUCCCACCUUCUCCAAGAGGAGGGCACUCAGCUACUUUGAUUGGUGCCUCUAUCCUUUAUUUCGGAGGACAUUACUAUGGAGGUAAAAAGCAAGGUUAUGUGUAUUUAAACGACACUCAUGUCCUAGAUUUGAAUUCAAGUAGAUGGAUCAAGCCUAAGAUCCAAGGUACACCACCUAAGCCAAGAUAUGGACACACUGCCAUUUUAGCUGGAAGCAGGAUAAUCAUCUUUGGUGGUAAAGGUGGUAAGAAUCAGGCAUUUAGAGACUUACAUGCUCUCGAUCCAGUUACAAUGACUUGGUAUUAAGGUCCUGAGGGAGCUGGUGCUCCUCUAGCUAGAUUUGGUCACACAGCUAACCUUGUUGGUGGAACUAAGAUGUUUAUCUUUGGAGGAUGGAAUGGCAAAGACUACUAUAAUGAUUUGCACAUUCUAGAUUUGGAAAUCAUGGCUUGGUCUAGACCUAAUGUCACUGGCCCAGCACCUUCUCCUAGGCAAGGCCAUGCUUCAAUACUGAUUGGAAACAAUCUAGUAGUUCAUGGGGGCUUCAAGCUUAGAGAAGAUUAACUGAAGAACUGCGGAUUGAAUCAAGGCUCUGCUGUGAAUGCUAGUUACCUAAAUGACAUAAGAGUCUUGGACACUGACACCUUCACAUGGUCAAGAUUAAGAAUUUCGGAUGAACCUCCUGAAGCUAGAUAUGGGCACACUUUGAACAUCUCAGGAAGCGACAUCAUAAUGUUUGGAGGUUGGACUGUUAAUUCAGGCAAUAGAGCUAAGCAUGAGAUUAAGAAGGAGCAGUGCGAUUACUUCAUGAUUUGGAAUACUGAGACCAUGUCUUGGAAGAGAGGCAAGUAUAUCGGAAAUCCUCCUACAUAGAGAUAUGGACAUACAAGCACUGCCAUCGGGCCUCAUUUACUUAUAUUUGGAGGUUGGGAAUUUUCUAAGGCUCAGAAUGAGAUUAUUGUGCUUAGAGAGUUCAAUCAGGAAUAAGGUGCUUCAGGGUAGAAUAAUAACACACUCGGUGGCACUUAAUCUAAGGGUUCUCAAGAAUAAAGCCAAAAAUCUAUCAAGAACAUUAGUGAUCAUAUGAAGGAAUUCAGAGAAUGA